GCGCGGCCCCGCCCCGGCCCUGCCCAGCCGGAGGGGCGGUGGGCUCGGCCUCCAGGACCCGCAGCCGGGGAACAACGAGGCACCGUCCCGCGUGGGGUCUCGCCGCGAGCCCGGCAUCCAGGGCAGGGCUGCCUGAUACAGACGCCAAGCCAUGGACCCACCCGCGCGUAAAGAAAAAUCCAAAGUUAAAGAGCCCGUGAGCAGAGUGGAGAAGGCUAAGCAGAAAUCAGCGCAGCAGGAGCUGAAGCAGCGGCAGAGAGCAGAGAUCUAUGCCCUCAACAGAGUCAUGACCGAACUGGAGCAGCAGCAGUUCGAUGAGUUCUGCAAACAGAUGCAGCCUCCUGGAGAGUGAGUGGGCUCCACACUGAAGGGAGCUGGAGCCUGGCGGGGGCGCUGCGUGUGAGCCCAUCCCCUUGGAGCUGGCCUGCCCUUGGAGCCUUACAGAACUACACCGGAACACCCCCAUGGAGAAACCUGUCUUAUUGCCUGUGUGUAGCUUCCACGGCACUGGUUCCUCCCAGCUCAGCGGCCCAGUGUUGGCCGAAGAGACUUGUUUUCAUCUUCUAAGAUGAUAGAUUCCUUUUUUAAAGAAAAGAAAAAAAAAUCCCUUUUUCUAUUGUUUAAGAAAAAUCAGUGUUUCUUGUGUGUGCAUCUUCUCCAAAAAUGCCAAUAAAAUGUUACUGGUUUA